GAAAUCAUAACGCGCAGCGCCAAGAACCCGUAGACGUCUGAAAUUGGUACUACGAUCAACGAUUCAUUGUGACUGGUCUAGACGACAGAAUUCGAGGUUUUUUCAGCGUCAUUUAACUACUGAUUUUUUGCUGGGCUGAUUUCUUUUAAAUGACGUUAACACGAUGUCUCGCCACAAAGACAAGUAUGAACCCAGCAACCCUAGGAGAUCACACACCUUUAUGCCUCUCGAGGAAGUCAAUGCAGGGAAAAAAUCCCAGUGGAUGGAGUUGGAGAUAACAGGUACUAUACGAAACCUCAGUCCCAACUUGUGGAAGCUGCAGCAUCUGACGUCUCUCUACCUGAACGACAACAACCUGACUAGAAUCCCACCAGAGAUCUGCCGCCUCACAUGCCUCGUCCAGCUGGACCUCUCUUGCAACAAGCUUCGUAACCUGCCACCUGAGAUUGGGGAGCUGGUGACCCUGCGUGAGCUCUUACUGCACAACAACUACAUCCGGGCCCUCCCCUUGGAGAUGGGCAAACUCUUCAAGCUGCAGAUCCUGGGCUUGAAGGGCAAUCCGCUCUCGACGGAUAUCAUGACCCUGUUCAGCGAGGUCAACGGGACUGACAAAAUUCUGUCCUACCUGCUGGACAAUCUACCCAUCACGGCACCCCUACCGCCGAUGAGACCGUGGAUCCCGCUGGGCCAUCCCAACCGAAACCAGCCGACUUGUAUCUUCACGGUGAUGUGCUAUAAUGUUUUGUGCGACAAGUACGCCACCAGACAGAUGUAUGGCUACUGUCCAAGUUGGGUGCUCAAAUGGGAAUACCGGCGCAAAAGUAUCCUGGAGGAGAUCCGGCAUUAUUCCGCCGACAUCAUCAGUCUACAGGAGGUGGAGACGGAACAGUUUUACAAUUACUUCCUGCCCGAGUUGAAGCGUGACGGAUACGACGGCAUUUUCUCGCCCAAAUCACGCGCCAAAACGAUGGCCGAGAGCGACAGACGCUACGUCGACGGAUGCGCCAUCUUUUACCGCACGGCCAAGUUUUCAUUGGUGUACGAUCACCUGAUUGAGUUCAACCAAUUGGCCCUGGCCAACGCUGAAGGAUCGGACGACAUGUUGAACCGCGUCAUGACCAAGGACAACAUCGGUUUGGCGGCUCUGCUGGAGACGAAAGAGGCUGCCUGGAGCAAUGGCAUCCGGCCGGAUCCUUCGCAAAUCCACCAGCCGCUCCUGGUGUGCACGGCUCACAUCCACUGGGAUCCGCAGUACUGCGACGUCAAGCUGGUGCAGACGAUGAUGCUGAUGAACGAAUUGAAACAGCUGACUCAGGACGCUGUGGGCCAUUCGUUCCGGCCCGGCCACAACAAAGCCGAUCCGUCUCACACCCAGCUGCUCCUGUGCGGCGAUUUCAAUUCGCUGCUGGAUUCGGGCGUCAUCGAGUUCCUCAACUCGUCGCGCAUCUCGGCCAACCAUCCGGAUUUCAAGGAGCUCGGCUACAAGACCUGCCUCCAGAAGGGCAUUGCCAACUUCUCCGAGAAGACGAACGAGUUUACGCACCCGUUCCGGCUGUCGACGGCCUACACGACGGACGUGAUGCCCUACAGCAACUAUACGUACGACUUUAAGGGCCUCAUCGACUACAUCUUUUUCAGCAAGACCACGAUGGUGCCGCUGGGCCUGCUCGGUCCCGUCGACGCCGAAUGGUUUAGAGAGAACAAAGUCCUCGGCUGUCCUCACCGUGAUAUUCCAUCAGAUCAUUUCUCGUUGCUGGUGGAGUUGGAAAUGUCGCCGACCUACUCCGGUCUGGGCUCGAACGGUUUCAUUCCUAGGCGGUAGCCCCUAGCGUCACAUCAUCAUCAAACAACAACAACAAAAAGAACCUGACUUAUAAACUGGUGGACCUCAAACAAAAAAAAAACACACUAUUUUUUCCCCCUUUAUUAUAAUUUUUUUUGUCUAUUUUCUUUUUUUUUCUUUUCUCUUAAAUAGUUGCAAAAAGAUUUUCGUGGUGUCGCGUUCGGUUCUCGUAUCCAUUUUCAAUCUCCUCUCCCCCCGCUAAUUUUUUCUCUCCGUCGUUCACUCCCUUCUCCUCCUCCAUCUUUAUAUCAUCAGGAUUCUUUUUCACACGACUUCCUUAAUGUGCUUCUUCUUCCCGUCAUCAUUUUUGUUUCUUUUUUGCUAUCUCUUUCUGGUUGAUUGAUUUUAGCCUUUCCUCCGCUCUAUUCUCUCUCUCUCUCUCUCUAACCAAACUUCUAUGUGCAUCUAUGAAUGGUUUUUCAGUCGCCCAGCCCGAGCUCUUUUUUUUUCCUUUUUCCUUCCUCUCUCUCCCAAUCCACAAUUUUUUAUCAGUAACGAAAAACUUAAAUUUAAAAUUCUCCCCUACCCCCCCCCCCCUACUUCCUGGUCGCAGAUGGAAUGCUCUUAUACUUAUUAUUAUUAUUAUUAUUAUAGAAAAACAAACGAAACAAAAAAAAAAGAUUAUUAGAUAUCAACUUAAAAUUGACCUAUAGCUCCCCGGGAUCAGCAUGGGAAACUUUUUAGAAAAAAAAAGAGGAAAAUUCGAAAUUAAAGAAACAACCGACCGAGAGUUAUAUAACGUUCCGUAUCAGUACACAGUAAAAACAGUAAGAAGAAGAAAGUGUAGAGUCCAAGUGUAUGUGUGUGUGUGUGUCUAGUUGGUCCAAAAUUUCCCUGCCCAAAUGAUUUUUUUCUUUGGCUUGUGUUUAUCGAGUUCUUUUUGCGUUCGUUUUAUCAGUGCUUGGCAAACAAUUUUGCGCCUUUCUCCCCUCCCCCCAUACACACACAACCACCGUAUUCAUUUACAAAUUUCAUCACAAAUUCGAUUAAAAAAAAAAAAAAAGAAAAGUAACUUUGAAGCCAGAGCUCAGGAUCUCAAGCUUUUUUUUCUGUCCCUCUCCGAAACUUCGUGACUUGGAAACAAAAAUACUUAAAUAAAAAAAAAAACAAAAAAAAAUUGAAAAAAAAAAGUUUAAAAGUAAAAAAAAGAAGUAAUGGACAAAUUAUAUAUACACUAUUAUUAUACGCCGAUCCUCUCUCUCUCUCUCUCUAAAUGUCAUUUUGUAUGUGUGGGUGGAAGGCCCCGAUCGGUUUUGACACGUUGCCCAUCUGAUCCUCGGACCAACAUUUUCUUUAAUCUUCGAUUCAAAAUUUCCCGCCAAUUCAUUUUUCUCUCUAUUAGCUUUCAAAUUUUUCUUUCGAUAGCGGAUUUUAAUUUUUUUUUUAUUUUAAAUUUCUUUUCCUUAAAGGUAGAGUAAUACUGAUUCAUUACCCGACUUCCAGCAGGAAAGAAAAAGAAAAAUUGAUUGAAUCGUCGUGUCAAAAUAACAACUUUUCUUUUUUUUUAUUUUUAAGAGAAAACCAUUUCUUCUUAUUUUUUUCCUCUUCUCCCGUCCGUGCAUUUGUCUGUGUGUGAAUGAUGGCUUUUCUUUUUAAAUGGCUAAAAGACAGGGGACACGGGAUGGGUUGAUUGAAAAAAUUUUUGGAUUUAUUUUGUCCGCCUCUUCUCCUGCUGCCCGAGUGUGUCGUUUUUUUCUGACCAUCCACUGCGCAUGUGUGUGAAGCCCAACAACGUUGAAAUCAUCCUCCUCCCCCGAGAAGAAAUCCGAUUGUACAAAAACAAAACUGUGAAAGUUGAACGGACUUGAUCGACGACGAAGAAGAUUGUAUACAUCAUUCGUUUCCUUGUUUUUCUUUCUCUCUCUUCACGAAUACCGCCACACACGCACUAAUCAUCAUCCGGCGAGAAAACUAAAAAAACCAUUUCAAUUUUCUCCAAUAUCUGUGUACUAAUUCUAUCGAUCCUCCCAUCUCGACGACAAACGCUUCGCUCUGCAGAAAAACUUAAACUAAAAAAAGUGAAAUGAAAUCCAAAUCCAGAUUGGCACGUGCACCACACACACACAUCCUAUUUUACCCGAGCAAGGAAAACAAAAAUAAGGAGCGAAAUCCCAUUUGUUGACAUUUUCACUUCCGCUUUAACCCCCCCACUCCCGAAAUUUUUUCGAUUUUAUUUUAGCAAAAAUUUUUUUAGAAAUUUCUUUUCUUUUUUCCACCUUGGAAACCCACCACCAAUUCCCGAAACCUCCACCUUUAUUCUUCGAGCAAUCUUUUGGAAAAAAACAAAAAUUUCAUCCAUGAAUUUUUUUCUUUUUGAAUCGAAUGUGUUGUUCAAUUAAAUUUUUGUUUCUUUCUUUCUUUCUCUUUCUCUCUCGGCUGUAAAUGUAGCGUUGAUCACCUGCGAUAUGUGCAUCGUUCAAUGUGUUCUAUUUCUUUAUCGAUUGAUUGAGUUUCUCACUCGUCGUCCUUAUAACUAUAAUAUGAAAAACUUGUCUUUUUUCUUUUUGUUUUUUUAAAAGAAUGGGGCCUGUACGAAGGGAGGGGAACUAUUUCGAAAUUUUUUUGGUUUCCGUUUUGCCAAUAUGGGAUGGAGCGGAAAACGGAUGUGAGUAAACGAAAAAAAAAUUA